AAACUAAAACACACCCUCCUUCUAGAAGUAUUUUCCGCCAUAGCUGGUGUCUGACACCCACUGAAAUGAUCUCAAAUAACGGAGAGGAAUUUCGUUAUUUGGGAAUUCGGAGUAUAACGUUUUAGGUUGUGUUGGGUUUUAAUCGCAUUUUCAAACAAACAAACCCACCCAUGAUUCAUUGCGGGACCAGUGGUAUUGGGGUUUCUCUUGCCCUGUGGUUGACCUCUCAGGAAAGAGCAUGUAGAAGCUGUGUGUCGGCCUCAUCAACCUCCAUAAUUUACAGAAGGUAGCAGUGUUCAUGCAACAGACGGUUAGUUAUGGUCGUGAUAAGAGUUUACGUCUGGGAAUGUAUGCAGCCAGUAAGGAAUGACUGCCCGACAGGCAUUUCUCCGGGUAAAAUAUUCCCAAUCCCUGUGUGUGUGGCUCACUGCAGUGCCCUCCAACGGUGUUACGGCUAAUGGUAGCAGAUCGGCGCUCUCCUCGUGAAAGAGUCUCCGUAGUUUGCCUUCUUGACACACCUUCUGUUGUCUCGUCUAGCUAGAGUCAGCUAACAGCUAACGGUUGCUAGCGAGCAUCACUCGCUUCGUCUACCCGACAGCGGUGAAGUGAAGUUGGGGCAAAGGAGUUAACGUUACUCUGAAGCCGAGGGAGCUGAGAAGUGACGGCAAACACCCUGCCAGGAUGAGUGGUGAUGAACUGAACCCAGCUGCACUGGCUCAGCCAGUAGAGGAUGUUCAAGGAGAUGGACGGUGGAUGUCACAGCACACAAGAUUUGUGCAGGAGUGUAAGGAUGCUGAACCUGACGUGCUUUUUGUGGGGGAUUCUAUGGUACAGCUAAUGCAGCAGUUUGAGGUCUGGAGGGAAUUAUUCUCUCCUCUUCAUGCGCUCAACUUUGGCAUUGGAGGGGACACCACCUGUAAUGUGCUGUGGAGGCUGCAGAACGGAGAGCUGGAGAACAUCUGUCCCAAGGUGGUGGUGUUGUGGGUAGGAACCAACAAUUACGAACACACAGCAGAGCAAGUUGCAGGAGGAAUUCUUGCUAUUGCACAGCUGUUAACCUCCUGCCUCCCCAAGGCAAAGAUAGUUGUACUGAGUUUGUUGCCUCGAGGGGAGCGUCCCAACCCACUGAGGGAGAAGAACGCUGCGGUUAACGGGUUCCUGAGCUCCUGGCUGCCGCGACUGGGUCAGGCUCAGUUCCUGGAUGUUAGCGGGGAGUUCGUCCACUCUGAUGGAACCAUCAUCCAACAGGACAUGUUUGACUUCCUCCACCUGACGUCGACAGGCUACCGCACCAUGGCGAAGCCCCUCAGUGACCUGCUGCUUCAGAUACUGGAGGAGACGCCAGAGGAGAGACGGGCGUCACUGGUUUGAGGGCCGCGGCCGAGCAGCACAUUUAUCCAGAGGCAUGUCUCACCCGCUGUUGUUGGAGACGGGGGAGACAUGUCCCUGGUAUCUGGAGGAGGAAGGGCUCACUCAUAGGGGGAGGAGGCACGCCGAUGUGAGUGGGCCCUCGAGGGGUGUGGGAUCACAUUAUGAGCUGAGGGUUGGGUAUGGAGAGGUGCUGAAGAGGGAGAGAGACCUCACUAAAGACGUAGACACUGUGAUUGCAGUAGUAACCUCUAUUGCAGAAGGAUUUACUAAGGUCAGACUACUCCGAAUCAUAGACAAAUAUAUCGAGAUCAUGUGGGACUGCAGUGGCACUCACACACAGAUUAAUCUUGGCCUGUGGAUAAAAUGUGUGUUUCUCUCUGUCACCUGUGCCAUGGAGAUACAAAACAGAAAAACACAAUCUGAUUUCCUCCUCCAUGUUUUGUUUGAUGUCGGCAAAACGGUUAGCUGUGCAGCCUCUCUAUUAACACAUGAGAAGUCCAGUGUACAACAUACUCACAGUAGGCAGAGCGUUAUUAAACAUUGUAUAAUGUUAUGAGCCUGACCAGUGUGCUAAAGAGCCAUGGUUCCCAACCCGGGGGUCAGGGCCCCCCAAGGUCAUAAGAAAGAUGUCAGAAUAAGAUCAUUUAAGGGAUAUGAAGGAAAAAAAUAUUUCUGUUCCACAAAAAGCUGUUUAUUUUUUCUGACAAAAAAAUUAAACCAUCUGAGAAGUAAAAAUCACUCUGCGGUGUGACAUUGCUUCCUUUUAAGGCUCCACAAGUCAAAAAGGUUGGGAACCACAGCUACUGCUGAUAUGCACACUAUGUAUUGUAGUGAGCAGUGUUUAAAAAUGACUCUCACAAUUUAGACAAUUUAGCUUAAAGCAUAAUCCUGUGAAGCAAAUUGCAUAUAAAAUAAUUUACACAAAUUUACUAUGAUAGUUUUGUCAGUCCAGUUCUUUAGGUGUACUAUUUCAUAUACUCAGCCAAACAAGGAGCACUAAGUAUACUAAAUGUUCACUUUUGAACUCAGUGUGUAACUAUUUAGAUGUCUUUUGAAACUGUAAUCAAUAUAAAAAUAGAUCAGUGUAUAUAUAAAGCGUUAACUACCUGUCCACAGUCCGCACAUGCAGUAGAUCACUACUUCACUCCCGUGUCACCUGAAACCAUCACUGAACUAAAAGUUCAUCUCAAACCUGAUGUUGGUGUUCGCUGCAUGCAUGUUUUUAAACGAGCCGCAGCUUUGGCAUAGAAAGUCGGCCAAUGCUUCUGUAUUAAAUGAGUCAAUAUCGGUCAAAAUCAUGUAUUUUUACGUAUUCAUUAGUGAUGUAAGGCUGUUGAACCUACUUGUCUGAUAAUCUGCAUAGGCCUUCCAAACACCCCUGACCCUGCUGCUUCUGUGCAAAGCUUCUAUCACAUCCAGCAAGUGUAUUCGUAGAAUUACAUUUCACCAUUUGGGUUCAGAUAAAUCUACUGUGACAUUUCAUUUUAAUGUCUAAAAAAUAAUAAGUAGGUUACACUUUUCAAAUGUUUUGUAUUGUUAAACUAAGUCCUGCCAGCUUUUUAAAUUCUUGACUGUGCUUGGGUAUCUGUAUCUGGAAAAUACAUCAUUUCAGGCUAUGAUAUUCCAGUGUCUUGACGAUUGUGUUAUUUUAUUUUUUACAACAAAGUAAAAACUCCAGUCCUCCUGCUUUUACCUCAUAUUGCUAAUUAUAGCAUGAGUUAUUCCUUAUAAAAAUACAGAUUGACGAGGCAGUUUCUUUCUGCGUCUGUAUCUCACACUAAUAUAUCCAAAUAUUCACAGUCAGACUUUGACUAUCACAGGCUCUCUCUCCCUCUCCCUCCUAAAUACAUGGAUAUACAGUAUUUUCUCUUAGAAGCACCUCUUUAUUCUGUUUCUCACCGCCUCUUUGUUUCUCUCCAUGUAUUUGUAGUUGACUCUCACCCAGCCCUGCCACCCUGGGACCGGACAUCUCUACAUGGUAUACUUACUGCAUAUUUUUAGGAAUAAAAAGUAGCCACAUGGUUAAGCUACUGAACACAGCUAUACUGAAUAUUGUCAUGCUAAAUGCUGAAAAGCAAUCAAAGGUCAUGUAAAGAAAACCAUUUGUCUGUGAGCUUAUACUGCGGCUGUUUCUUCAUGGCUCAGUUCUGUUAAAAUUGUGGCCUCUUGUCAAGCAUCAAAUUAUCUGACAUUAUCCGACAUUACUGCUGUCUUAUGCUCUGCACAUUUGCGUGCUGUGUUAAGUAUAAAUAGUAUGUGUGUGUGUGCCUUAAGUGUUCAUGGGGACGGUUGUGUACAGUAUGGCUGGUAUUGUGUAAGUUGGAUGUAUGAGUGUCUAGAAGUGACCCCAGUUGUAUAUAAGGCAUGUGAAGCUUGAGAAAAUGAUGUUUGAAGGGGGUUCAGAUUGUGGGAUUCUAUGCUGGGUGCGAUACAGUAUUUCCACUGUUUUGGCUCGUUGUCACGUUAUUGAGGUAAAGCAUUCCAAUAAAAAAAGAAAACAAGGAUCUAA